AUGCUCAAGAAUAUUAUCAAGUAUUUAAAGCCAAAUUCAACUACUACAUCUACUGGUAUUUCUACUGCUGUAACUAAUGUUGUACCUCCAAUUCUAAUCACAAUGUACCACAACAAGAACAGCACCACAUCACAGAGUCUACUAAACAAAUUAAAUUCAUAUACAAAUCCGGUAACAACAAACGUCAAGUUUCAAAUUGAUCUCAAGACAAAUCAACAAUUGAGUGUAGAAGAUUAUGACUUUAUAAUGGAACACCUUGAUAUUCACCCUGAAAACAAGAGUAUCAUGCUUCGUCUUCUUUUACAGUCUGACCAGCCUGGAGCUACUAGGAAGCAGCUACUUCAACAGUUUGAAUUGCACGAGCAAUUGCAAGAUUAUAAUAAUUUGAUCAAGGUUAGUCUGACAAACAACAAGCAGCCGCAGUUGCCUUUAAUUAUUGAUUAUAGAAAUAAGUUGAUUGCUAAUGAUGCUAGUUCGUUUAAUAGGAUAAUGGCAAAUUAUUUAAGGUGUGGAAUUCAAAAUAUUGCAAUUGAACAAGUGUGUUGA